CGAUUCCUGAAUUUACAUAAGCAAACCAAUAGGCGGUCGAAAUGUUGCGUUCGUGCCUUUCGAAAGUUUUACGGAUUGCGCCACGGCCGAAAUUGCAAAACAGUAUACGAAAUUAUGCCGCACCACCAAAGCGGUUCUACCGAAAUACUGGCGUCAUCUCGAGCAAUGGGCGAUAUGAAAUUACACUCGACAGCCGGAAGCUAAAAACUCCCAAAGGACAACCGUUCUACGUCGAAAGCGAACCGCUGGCCAUUGCCAUCGCCACCGAGUGGGACGCACAGAAGGAAGUGGUUGAUCGAUCGACGAUGCAUUUGACCGCCUUAAGCAGCACGUUCAUCGACAACCCCAACAGCAUUCAGAAGCACGAUAUGGUGAAUUACUUGGUGAACUACAUGACCACCGACACGAUACUCUUUCACUCAAGCCAAGAACCGGAGCUAAAAAAGCUGCAAGUUCAGGAGUGGGAUCCCAUCAUCGAGUGGUGCAACAAACGGUACGAAAUCAACCUCGCCUCAACGGACUCCCUGACCGUGCCAACGUUUGCGCCGGGGAUGGCCAUGAACGUGGGACGAUACUUUGCCUCCUACAACACGGCUGCCCUGCACGGAUUCGUGUUUGCCGUCGAUACGAUCAAAUCGAUCAUUCUAACGAUGGCCUGUGCCGAUCGUCAUUUGACGACGGAGCGAGCAGUGCAGCUGGCUCGCCUCGAGGAAGAAUUUCAGCAAGGCCAUUGGGGUAAGGUGGAGUGGGCCCACGAUGUCCAGCGGCUCGACUCCCAAUCGAGACUGUCCGCGGCUCUACUGUACAUUUACUUCAACUCUAGUAACGCAUUCGUCAAGCAGAAGGUUUCGCUUUGAACGCUCAAUGUGGAAGGUUCUAUUCGGCGAUAAUUCCAUACUUUGAACAAAGAUCAGUU